AUGACUCGAGUAAAAAAAGCCUUUUUCAAAUCGACACGCGGUCGGAAAGCCAGAAAUAUUUCAAAGUUGGACUUUACGGGACGUGAACCUGUUAUAGCGUUGGAAAAUUCACCAGCACAAAAAGUGACAAAGAAAAGUGUCGACAACAAAAAGGACAGACACCUUUUUGCUAUGGUGGAAGAGCAGGUCGAUGAGUUGGCGCAAGAACCUGUUGUUCAGUAUGAGAAUACAACCGUGAUAGAUGGUGGUAUCGGAAGACUCGAGUUUGCUCUCAUGACCACACAACAAUUGAGAGACUAUGCCGAACUAUUCGCGACGACUCUUGCAGCAAAUGAGAAAUUGAUCGAUAACUU